GUUGUAGGCGGAAGAGGGGCUGUGAGAGCAACGGGAGGGACGGUUUGGGGGGUUCCCCCGACAUGGAGACCCCCCCGCAGGUACCGCCCGACCGCACCGGGCCGGGUGCCAUGGAUGCCCUGCACGAGGCCGGGAUCUGGGCAGCCCUGGCCCUGCAGGCCGGGCCGCCCUGGCUGGAGCAGUUCUGGGUCUACCUGACAUCCCACUUCGAUCCCAAAUCCAUCUACACCUUCUGCUUCCCGCUGGCCCACGGGCUGGAUGCCCGGGUGGGGCUUAUGGUGCUCUGGAUCGGGCUCGUGGCCGAGUGGCUCAACGUGGUCCUCAAAUGGUUCCUGUUUGGGGAACGCCCAUACUGGUGGAUCCAUGAGUCCGGGUUGUUCUCCCAGGAGGAGCUGGAGAAGUUACCACUGCGCCAGUUCCCGGUCACCUGUGAAACGGGACCAGGGAGCCCCUCAGGCCACUGCAUGAUCCCCGGGGCGGCCCUGUGGCCACUUGUCACCGCACUGACAGCUGAGGUGGCCCGGAGCACUCGCAGCCGGGUGCUGAGGCUGAUCCCUUUCCUUGCCUACAUCCUCUUCCUGGUGGCCAUGGGGCUCUCCCGGAUCUUUGUCCUGGCCCACUUCCCCCACCAGGUGGUCACCGGCAUCCUGGCAGGGUCGGCGCUGGGCUGGGGGCUGCAGCGCUGCCCCCCCAACUUCCGCGUGUUCCGGUUCUUCGUGGCGGUGGCUGUGGUACUGAUGCUGAGUGCGCUGGCCCUGCACAGCCUGGCCACGGCUGCUGGCAUCGACCUCGACUGGUCCCUCCGCCUGGCCAGCGCCUGGUGCUCGGACCCGGCGUGGCUGCGGCCAGACACGCGGCCCUUCGCCUCGCUGUGCCGGGUGGUGGGCAGUGCCCUGGGGCUGGCCCUGGCCGCCGAGACCCCCCUGCGCCGCCGGGACGAGGACCAGCUCCUGGAUGGCCGCCUGCGGGUGGCGAGCACGGUGCUGGCCCUGCUGGCCCUGCAGCUGGUGCACAGGCUGCCCAGGCCCUCGGACGCGGCCGCCCUGUACAGGCACGUGGUCGUGCACUACGCGGCCGGGCCCUUCCUGGUGGUCUCCGUCCUGCCCCGGUUCGUCAUCGCCCUCAGGAACUUCCUGGAGCCCUCCCAAGUCCCCCCCCACACCAAUUAGGAGGCCUCCGCCCUUGUUCUGGCUUGUUCUCGGCCUCAUAGAGUAGGGGGAUCCCUGACCUGCCCCGGCUCAUCUGAGAGUCCCCCCCACUGAGUAGGGGGGUGCCCACUCCCUGCCCUGGCUCAUCCUCAGCUGCGCCCAGGGUCCCCCCUCCUGCCCUGGCUCAUCUUCACCUUCACCUGCCCCCGGGGACCCCUCAGACUGAGGAGGGGAGUCCCUGCUCAUCCUCACCUGCCCCCAGGGACCCCCCACACUGAGUAGGGAUCCCCCUCCUGUCACGGUUCAUCUUCACCCUCACCUGCCCCGGGGCCCCCCCAGUGCAGAUUAGGGGGGUCCCUGCACCUCUCCCAGCUCAUCCUCACCUUCACCCGCCCCCUGGGACCCCUCACUAAGUAGGGGGUCCCGGCUCAUCCUCACUCGUCCCCAGGGACCACCCCCCCACCGAUUUGGGGAGUCCCCGCCCCCUCCCGCUGAUUCCCACCCCCCGUCCCGGCUCUGCCCUUUGCUGUGCCCAUCGCCGGUGGCUUCAGGCCAGGGGAACCCCUCCAGGCCCCCCCAGUUGUUGCACUAACAGCCCUGUCCCCCCUCCCCCGGGCAGCAGGACCCCCCCGGGGGGGCAGAGCUGGGGGUGCCCCGUGCCCAGCAGGUCUGGGGACACAGCAUAGGGACAGCCCCAGCCCGGGGGUCACUGACCUGCCACCCCCCUACCUCCAGCUGCCCCAGUUCUCCCAGUUCUCCCCUCUCUGGAGCAGGGAUGGGACCCCCCCCCCCCAACGCCGGGAGCCCCCCUUAUACCACCGGAGGCGGGGGGGUCACCUCGUUUCUUACCAAAUAAAGCACCAAAACCAA